AUGGAGUCAACAACUGGUGUUGGAAAGGACAAUGAUCCCGGUACUUGGUCUAUUGAUCAGGUGAUUCGGGAGUUUUGUCAGGAUGCCAUUUCUACGCAAUCAAUUCCUGAUUUGGCAAGACUUGUGCAAGCUAUCCCACACAGAGAUGAUCUGGAACAGAGAUUUCGUGACAACGAUGUCAACGGGGAUACCCUGUUAGCACUCGACAUGACUUCCAUUAGGGACGACUUGGGGAUUACUUCACUGGGGCAGAGAAGAGCGAUCAUGCGAGCUAUCGACCAUCUGCGCCUUCACUCCGAAAGUUACCAACAUGCAGCUUUUCAAGCAAAUGCCAUUGCCAGGCUCCAAUCCCCACUUCACUCCGCGCCGCAGAUGUCGCACUUGGAUUUUCCUUUCCCACCCCAGUCUCCAGUCCUGUCAGUUAUCGACCGGGUUCGAUCUCAAGUUGGUCGACCAACACAUUCGCCUUCAUCCAGCCUUGGACUUGGCACAAACCACUUCACCUUUCUGCAACAUUCACCAGUCACAAACCCCGAAACUCCACUCCGUGAACCUCGAGCAACAGAAUAUGAACCGACACCAGCAGCUCCUAACAAUUUGGAGAACUCGGCUCCCACCACGGCUAGGCUGGGUGCAAUCAAGGAUGACUCAACUACCUCCAAGUCUGUACCAACUGUAAUUCAAGGAUCAUUGGAACCACUCGACCUUCUGCAGGCCAGUGUGGACGCAGAGCUAUCCCAAAACUAUCAAGCAAACGACCCGGCCAUCAUUGUCCCUGUCGUAAGAGAUGGUCACCUUGUCCAGAAACCCCCGAAAAAGCGGGUUGUACCUACCUUGAUCAGACACACAGAGGAAAGAGACAGCAAUUCGCAAGGAAGUUAUCUUUCAAAAGAGUCCAAGCCUAUUCAAGAUACUUUCUAUGUCCGCUUAUCAACUGGGUGGAGCACCCCACUCUACGUCUUACCCGGGGAUAACGAAGAAGAUUUCUACAUCGCGGAUAAUAUUGAGACCCCUGGGAGAAAACAAGUCAUUGCCAGGCAAAUGAAGUAUUUCCUACGACAAAAGACCUUGAUAAAUCCCGAGAAUGGAUCUCUUCUGAAGAUACCUUACGGUCCGAAACGUUCCCAGGGGCUCUCAAAGCAGUUGUUUACUCUUUUCCCUCAUAAUGAAAAUCGACCAGUCGUACGCACAGCAACCGACUUCCCUCAGUUGUUAAAAGAUGCGGUCCUGCCGAAUUCGCUUCGUCAUGAGCUACCUCAACAACUUUUGAAGACCCCAUCAAAGCAUGAUGAUGGUGCUCAACCGCAGAGUUACACUGAUCUGGACGAAUUUCAAUCUCUACUGGCCAGAUAUCCUGUCGCAACACACGAGGAAGGUCUCCCUGUAUAUGGCGACUCCGGGGACGAAGGAGAAUUUGACUUAGAAACCUGGGACGAAAUUGAGCAGGAAAAGGCAGAAAAGCAGAUCUCCACUUCAGUCAUGACUACUGCGGCGGUCGAGUCUACAAUCAAUGAGACACUGGAAGCCUUUCGAAGCGAGUGGCGCGAGACAAAGCUGCCAAAACACAAGCUGAAGGCAUAUCUUUUGUGGAUGCGGUCAGCCAAGCAGAAAAGCAGAAAAGCAGCUCUAGAAAAUUGUCAAUUUUGGAGGGAUCGCCAUACCGAGCAACUCCAAAAAUUGAAGGAAGCAAUUCUCAAAGAUACGUGGCAUAAGCCUUCCGACGUCAAACACCAAUGUCAAAGUAUUGAGCCUACACUACACUCCAUCGAAGAACAUGUGUACACUAUUCAGGUUCUGCUUUCCGAUCAUCAACCAGAGCGGCCGAACAAGGCCGAACGUCAGCACAAGAUUGUUACGCAGAAGCCUCCGCUCGAGGAUGGUGAAGAAGACGUUGACUCAGACGAUAUCAUGAAUGAGGACGAUUCUGAAUUUUUGAGCGAUAGUUCCGAUGCAGGAUCUAUACAUCAUGAACCUGACGGCGAUGAGGAUGUGUGGAAUCCAGUAAUUCUCAAGGAAGAGAAGACAACCCCUGCAGCUAAAACCAUGGCUAAACCCGAGCAAUUGAUGCCCCAGGAGAACCCAGCAGCCAGUAACGAAAUACACGACCACGAUGCCGAUGUUGAAACUGAUAUUGAUGAUGCCAUCGUAACGCCUAGGCAAAAACGCAAAAUGUUCGCGGAUAAAGGCAAAUCUCCAGCAAAGCUCAACUCCAAGGCACCAAUCACACCGAGCAGAAAAUUCGUUGAACCACUCAAUCUAGACAGAGCAAAGUCAGGAAAGAUAUCCGAUUCUGAUACGGAUCAUCACGACAAACCAGAAUUCAUCCCAUCCAAGUACCGUUCAAAAGGAAUGUCACUAUCCUCCGCCAUCGAUUUGACCAAGUCGAGCCCUCCCUCAGCUGAGAAGCAUGGCGAUAGUGCAAGCUCGGAUAUGAAUGUUCGCACGCCGGAGUUGAAUCCACAGCCCGAUGGCUCGAGAGCUUGCAGGCGUUUCAGCAUGCUGACUGAUAACUUGAGUGGUCCAAAUCUUUCUGGUUGCGAUAUGCCACGGGCUGAAGAUUUUCAUGGGAUCAAAGGCACUGACUGGGCUCUCAUAGAAGACAACUCCGAUGGUCGAAGAGCUCUUGCAAAGGCUGUUUACGUCGAACUUGAUCGCGAUGCCGUCCAGAAACUCGUCGAUCUUACUUCUGGUAUCCCAGAGCACAACAAGCUAGGGCGGGAACUACUUGUGGAGGGCUUUGUUGCUUACCAGGAGGAUAAGAAAAAAGCCAAGCAAACUCUCUCCCAACUUGUCUUACUCUUCAUGGUCUAUCACAAUGGACAGAACCUUUUCGGUAAAAUUGGCCCUUCGAGAGACCAAAUCAACCAGGCCUUUGAAAGCAUUGAUUCCACCCAGUGGAGAUUCUUUAUUUUGCUUUCGCGCUUCCUGCAUAUUGCCAACGGUGCAUCAAAACAAAAAGCUUCUCUACAAGGAACACCUCAAAGUGACAAGAAGAGAAAGCGUGAAGCUUUCAUCAGUGACAAUUCAGCCCUGGAUGAUACGGACCUUUAUAGGAGUGAUGAUCUCAACUCCGAUGUGGUAGAACUCCAUCAACCGCCUUCAUCCAUCAAGAAGCGCAAGCGAGCUGUUGCCGAGAGUCAAGAAGCGAACAAACAACAACGAAGUGAUCAGCAACGUAUAGAAGAACAGGAGAGACGUCGCAUAGCUGUGGAAAAAAGAGUUGCCCAAAUGCCCAAAGCCAAGGGCGGUAGUCUCUGUCCUGUCAACUUUACCGAACCCAUUGUCUACCUCGACCCUCAUAUUGCCUCGCGUGUGAAGCCUCACCAACUUAAAGGUAUCCAAUUCAUGUGGCGGGAGAUUAUCGAAGAUCCAAAGCAACAGGGAUGCAUUCUUGCUCACACCAUGGGCUUGGGAAAGACAAUGCAGGUUAUUUCACUUCUUGUCACAAUCGCCCAGUGCGCUCGAAGCGACAAUCCUCGAAUCCGAGACCAUGUUCCGUUGAAGUCUCGCAGUAGAAAGACACUCAUUCUCUGUCCUGCUGCCCUUGUUGAGAAUUGGUUUGAUGAACUUAUCAUGUGGUCACCAAAUCAGUACAUCUUGGGUGAGAUCCACAAACAUGAUUCUCAAAGUCCGCGAAGUCUCAGACUCUGGUCCCAGAACGGGGGUGUCCUACUUAUCAGCUAUACCAGAUUUGUCAGGAUAAUUAACGCAGCCCAGGAUCCAACCAAGAUUGGUCAACAAGGCAAUCUCUCGAAGUUGGAGAAAAUUCUCCUCGAGGAACCAGCUCUUGUCGUCGCGGAUGAAGCACAUAACAUGAAAAACCCCAAAUCAGCAUUGAAUAGAGCUGCUUCAAGAUUCAAGACACUGAGUCGUAUCGCUCUCACAGGCUCUCCGUUGAACAAUCAUCUUGAGGAAUAUCAUACCAUGGUUGACUGGAUUGCCCCUGGCUAUCUAGGAACCAUGGUUCAAUUCAGAUCCAAGUACUCAGAACCCAUCAGCGAGGGUCUCUAUGCAGAAAGCACGCCACUCGAAAGACGUACAGCCCUGCGAAAGUUACAUGUUCUCAAGCGCGAUCUCGAUCCCAAGAUCAAUCGAGCAGACAUUUCAGCAAUUGAGAAGGAUAUGCCGACGAAGACAGAAUAUUUUAUUACCAUCCCACUUACUGAUUUGCAAAAGGAAGCCUACAACACAUAUGUGCAGUACAUGCAACACACCGUUGAGCCCGGGGGACGUGGGGCCCAAGCCAAGUUGUGGGGUUGGAUUGCCAUUCUUCAAAUACUUUGCAACCAUCCAAAAUGUUGCUAUGAUAAGCUACGCGACCGCCAAAGCGAACUCCUCGAAAAGUCAGAAGCAGUUGGGGACGAAUCAGAAAUGGAGAAUGAGAUCCAGAGCGAAAAGGAAAAUCUCGACGGUGAAAGCCCUCUACCAGCUGACAUGAUAGUCGACACCCAGGGUCCUAUGCUCGAAGCCAUGCAGAGAGUCCUGGAAGUAUUCGACAGAUCCCAGGGCAUGAAUGAUCUCAAAAAUCUCAACCUCUCUUAUCGGACGUGGUUGGUUCAUGACAUCAUACGAGAGGCAGUCAAGAUUGAUGACAAAACUCUGAUCUUCUCACACAGCAUUCCAACGUUGAACUAUCUAGAGGAGAUGCUGCUCGCUAUGAAAUGCAAAUACAUUCGCUUAGAUGGCACCACCAAAGUUGGGGAUCGUCAGAAUAUGACCAAAAAGUUCAACAAUACUAGCAGGUAUGAUGUUUUCCUCAUCUCCAUGAAAGCUGGUGGACUCGGCAUGAAUCUUCAAGGUGCAAAUCGUGUUAUCAUAUUCGACUUCAUGUACAAUCCGUCAUGGGAAGAGCAGGCAAUAGGAAGAGCAUAUCGUCUUGGUCAAAGAAAGCCGGUCCUCGUGUAUCGUUUUCGAGCAGGCGGCACCUUUGAAGGUGUCAUGUUCAACAAGGCCAUGUUCAAGAAACAGAUGUUCUCAAGAGUUGUGGAUCACAAGAAUUUCGCCCGACACGCUUCGAAGAACAUCGCAGAGUGGUUAUUUCCUGUGCAGGAGACAGAGCAAAAGGAGUUUGACGAACAUAUUGGGAAAGAUCCACACGUGUUAGACAAGAUCAUCAAGCGUGUUAAUUACAUCCGAAACAUUGAAUUGACAGAGACUUUCCAGCGAGAAGACAAUGAAAAACUUGAUGAUGAGGAUAAAAGAGUCGCAGAGAAAGAAUUUCAGGACCAACGACUCCUCAGAGAGAAUCCUGCGGCAUUCUUUGCGAAGGAGCAAGCACAGAGGCUGGCACAAAACCCUCAUGCUAUGGGACAUGCUAACCCAUUCGUUCAAUCGCCUCAUUUUCAGGUCGGUCAAAGUUCAAAUCACGUCAAUGGGGUUUCCACACCUCAAUCCGGUUCCAGUAAAGGUUCUGGUCUUGUAAGUUAUGGGAAUUUACCUCCGUUUCCACUUCAGAGAAGCUCGAUGCAUACACAGCAAAUACCAUUGUCACUUGGAAUCCAUCGCGCCAAUGAAAUUCCAGGACUUGGUUCUACGGUCGAUGGGGCCGUGGAACAUAUCGACUAUCCUCGAAAUGAGGAUCGUCUUCCUCCGCUGUACUAA